UUUAAUAUUGUUAAUCAUAUAAAUAUAAACAAUAACAAAAAUAACAAUGACUGAAGAGUGGUGUUCUGAAAAACUAGAAAAACUUAAGAUAAAAGAAAAUCGUUUAUCUACAUUGGCAGAAAUACGCGGGCGUCUCAACGGAACUCCCAAUUUGGAAACUAAAGUUACAAAUCGUUUGUUAAGUUCUUCAGAAAUUUAUGAUUGCAUAGAGGAAGAUGGACAAGACAGUGAUGGUACCAUCAGUGCAGAACCCCUAGAUUUAGUCAGUGAUAUUUUGUCUAUAUGUAUGGCGAAUUUAACUUUAAGGCAGAACGAUUUGCCACAUUUGUUGCAUAGAGCUUUGUUGCACAAACGUGCCCAUAUUAGAGCUCUAGCUCUGAAUGCCAUACUAAAGGAACUUCAAAAACAAAUUGGAGAUGAUACUUUGAGUGAUGCGAUUUCGGAUGAACUUUUGAGUCACAUUUUAAGUGCACUGAAAGAUCCAGAAACUCAACUGGGAAGUCCGGCUUUAGCCAUUUUGUCAUUGGUUUUAGAAGGCCGUUUACAGGAACAGUUUGUUAAAGACUCGCUUUUGGAUGCGCUCAAAAAGAACGAAGUUAUAAAAUGUCGCGUUUAUGAAUUGGCUGUAAAUUUGGGAAAACGAUCAGCUGCCACUUUGGAAAAAGUGGAAUUUAUACUUGAUCAUGCAUUGGUUGAACUUGACAAUGAUGACAUAUUGUUGCAAGUCAAUGUGUUGGAAAUACUUGUCUCCCUAGCGGAACAAAAUCAUGGUCUUCUAUAUUUAGAGAAACGACAAGUAUUUGAUGUGAUUGCAAAACGAGUUGAAGAAAUGGAACAGAAUCCACUUGAUCGCCUGUUGAUUCCAGGUAUUAUGAAAUUCUUUGGAAAAAUAUCCAGUGUUCAGCCACAAAAAAUUAUCACUGGUUAUCCUCACAUUAUACGCUGUCUUUUUGAAUGUAUAAACUCGGGUGACACUUCCAUUUUGCCAGCAGCAUUUGAUACAUUGGCAAAUCUAACACAAAAUCCCCAAGGAAUUCUUCUACUGCAACAGUAUUACAGUACGGCAAUGAAAGAUGUAUUUGAAAAUUAUUCUUCUUAUUUGCGAAAUUUGCCAACAGAUUUAAAAAAUCGCGCAUUUAAUAGUUUGGAACAUAUAUUCACAUUUAAUUCUAAAAUAUUAGAAAUUAGUUCCAUACUACAUUGUUGGUUUAAUUAUUUAAACGAUGGCUCGAAUAAUAUGCAAUUUCUAAUGGACUUUUGCCGCAAUCCAUUCCCUGACAUAAAAAUAUCUACACUUAAUUUAAUCCGUUCUCUAUGUAUGUAUCCGUGGGGUAUUGAUGCACUUAAAAAUACAGCUGGAUUUCUGGAGUAUUUACUUGAUCGCAAAGUGGAGUUUGACAAAGAUGCCAAAUUUGCAAAAUUCAGUCUCAUCAAGUUGUUGGCCGAUAGCAGCGCUUUCGAUGUUCAAACCAAUAUACAAUUGCGCACAUACGUAAAUGAAGGUCCCUAUUAUGUGCAGAGCAUAAUGGACGUUGCCGUGGAGGGAAAUUAAUAUGAAUUGUUAUUUCAUUUACUGUAGAUUUAGUACUUUUACUAUAUUUUUAUAACAUAACUAUUUUUACAAUAUAAAAAAAUUGUAAAACAAAA